AUGGGACUACCAUCAGUUUGCAGUCUUUUCUUGUGUUUAAUUCUUCCAGCAGACGCAAUUUUAAGUGACAGUGAAAAAUGGAAACACGUAGAAACAUUUUUCACUCAAAUUAAACAGCAACAAUCAGAACUAAAGAAAGUCAACACACAGCUAUCAGAGACUAUUGAAAAUCAAAUCCAUGUCAUUAAGAAGCUUGAAAACAGAAUUGCCAUCUUGGAAUCUGCAGAUUGUGAAUGCAGAAAACUCGAUAAAGCCAAACAAAAUGUCGUCACGGCUGAUUCCGAUUCUAAAGUGCAGAAAAACUAUGAAGAAACAUACGUUAGUGUAAAAAAUAACAGAACAGAUGAUGUUUCGGUUAAACAGUCACCGAAAGGAAUCACUGUUCCUAUUCUUCAACCGCAGCGACGUAUAAGUGGCAGUCAAACUAUAGGGAACAUUGCCUUUGAUGCAUAUAUGCCUUCAAAUGAACAACUUCCAGCUCUGAAUCAUAUAUUAGUUUUCCGCAGUGUCCAAACAAAUGUUGGUGGACAUUACAAUAAGUUUUCUGGAAUGUUUACUGUUCCUGAAAAUGGAAUUUAUGUGUUCACAUGGACAGUAGUUUGUGAUAUUCACGCACAACGUAUUACACAAAUAGUAGUGAACGCUGCAGUGGUUGGAGCCGCCAUGUGCGAUGCGCAAGGCGGAUCUUAUUUCAGGACCACAACAGGUUUAGUGGUCGUUGAAGUCAAUCAGGGUGAAGUUGUAUUCAUUCGGACACAUCCGACUCACCUAGGUGGAAAAGCAAUAAUAAGCGCUCCCGACUUUCAUCGCACCACAUUUAGUGGGUGGAAGCUUUAA